AAAACGCAGCAUUACCCACAAUUCAUUGUGAUACGUGGUUGCUGGAGGAGCAGUGUAGUUAAUAGGUUGGACGGCUUUUAAGCGUUGUGGAGAUGCUACUGCUGGACAUAUAAAAGUUCCAAAUGAAAAAAACUACGCAGUUUUUUAUCUAAAGGGAAAAAGAGACAGAGAGUUCUCGAACAGAGAGGUGAAUGCAAUGGACUGGAGACCAUCACAACCCAGAGAACAGCAUGUGCUUACUAAAGAUUUGGAAGAGCUGGCGCUGGAUGGCAGUGUCACAGCAGGUAGACUUGGCAAUGGGGGGACUCUCCUAAUAGAUCGAUCUGUCAAGUUUGAUAAUUAUCUACAACACUUAGAAGAGGCAAAUGACUUGCAGGACACCCAAGAUGUGUGCGUACUUCCUGGCGAGGCUAAGGAGGAUUUGCCGGCCUACACUCCCUCUUUCUGUCACUGCACACGGCUGGAGCUCUGCUCUACUGCCGUGAUCCACAGGAAACACACUUCACAAAGUGAUGCUGAGGGACAGAGUGAAUCUGAAGAGGUUUUGCCUUUCAGUCUGGAUGACAGCUUUGAUUAUGACAAUGUAGUGCUUUCUCACAAGCAUCCCAUCAAACACUGCAGCAGUGGAUCGUCGUGACCAGUGAGUGCCCACAGUUGGACCGAAUGUCAGAGAAUCUAUUAAAUUGUACAGCUCUAUCUCUAGCAAUAAAAUGACAAUAAAAAGUGGGAAGCAUUUAGAUAUUUAGAAUUCAUGGUAAAGAGAACACAUCAUGCUGUGUUUUUGAGCAUCCACUGAACUGUACUUUGCUCCUGAAUGUCCUUUUUAAAAGACUACUGGCUAGUCCAUAAAUGAUGGUAAAAAUAGUUUAAUUAUACGCUCAGCUCUAAUCACUGUGUUGACACAGAGCACAUUUUCACCAAAAACACAUCUGUCAGUCCCCAUAGAAUCUCUACUGCAGGAUUCAUGCAAAUGUAUCACAUUCUUGUAACAUUUGCAAUUGUGUCCAAUUAUCUCACUAUUUUCAAUGUGUUAUGUAGCUGGAAAUGUUUUAAAUCAAUUAUUGUCAAUCUGCAGCUGUCAGCCUAACAGUCUGUAAGACCCUUAUACAACCCCAAAUCAUAAAAAGUUGGGACAGUAUGAAAAACGUAAAAUAUAUAUAUAUAUAUAUAGUAUUUAUUUUAUUAUGAUUUUUUUUUUUACACAUGAUUUACACAUUUUGGUUACAUUCAUGACAGGACAGGUAGUUACUCGUUACACAAGAUUCAUCAGUUCACAAGUUUAUUGUCAAACACAGUCAUGGACAAUUUAGUGUCUCCAAUUCACCUCACUUUCAUGUCUUUACAAUAUACUUUACUGCAAUAAUGCUUUAAUUAAAGAAGUGUAAAUGACAUUUGCCAAGGGCACUGACAGCCCCAUACCAUGACAGACACUGGCUUUUGGACUUGUUGCUGAUAACAGUCUGGAUUGUCCUUUUUGUCUUUGCUUUUGUUCCAAAUCAUGAUUACAUGAUUACGUCUUUUUACAUCACCUGUUUGAAAUUACAUAAUUGUUUACAUUUUUCCUUACUACUUGCCCUAAAUUUUCUCUUUCACAACUUUUUUUUAAAUGUGUUGCAGGCCUGAAAUGCAGAAAUGGAUGUAUACAAAUAAAUGAAAUGAAGUAAUAAAACAUUAAAUAUCCUGAGUUUAUGCUGUGUGCAUUACAA